GUUUGUCAAGAAAAAUUAUCAAUCAUGCACUGUCCAUCGGAUCGGGUCUCUUUCCGUGAUACUGAUAGAUCACUCUCCCAUAUUCAAGAGAAAGAUAAUGAGAUGAAUCAAACAGUCCUGAAGAAGAUUGAUUGAUGUUUCAAGCCACCAUAUAAUUUGUUAUUUUGUCAGCCUGCUUCUCUGCUUUGUGGAUAACAAAAAGAAAAGAAGAGAGACGCAUGAGCUUCCUUACCUGACACACUUGUUCAAGAGGGAAGAGAGGGAGAGACGGCGGCUGUUGUCCUUCACGAGCUGAUCUGAUUCACAUUCCUCUAAUCGAUCUCUCCAACUCCAUCCAUUUUAUUGAGGAAUUGUUGUUUUACGAUGAUUUAGAUCGAGAAUUGGGGAUCAAGAUCGGAUCUUUUUUAUCCCUUCUCGGUGGCGGAUGGGGUGCACUUAUUCUACAGUGGAGGUGGACGAGGUGUUGGGGCGGUGCAAGGAGCGGCGGAGGUUGAUGAAGCAGCUGAUGAAAUGCCGGGCCGAUCUCGCCGCGGCUCUCAUCUCGUACCUGCAGUCCUUGAGGAACACUGGCGCUACUCUUCGGCAGCUUACCGAAGUGGGGUCGGUGAUCUCCGGCGGCUCUACUCCUGUUGGUCCUUCAUUGCAGCCUUCCCCGCAACCGCCGGCGUCACUGCCGCCUUCGCCGCCGCCUCCGAAUUUUUUACGUGUUGCCCCGAAGGAAUCCACGAAGACGAAGUUCUAUGUCGAGGAUUCGAGCGAUAUGGACGACGAUGAUGACGAGCUUCUGCCGCCGCCUCCGCCUCCCUUUCCUAUUUCGGGCUGGGACUUCGGUGAACACAUGGGUUCUACACCUUCCUCGGAUUCGUCAUCUCCAAUGCGGAGUGGUGGAGCUGGUGCGGCUGCCCCAGAAGAUGAUUGGGCGGAACCCAAGUCGGAGUUUGGGGGUGAGGAGGUCGUUGAGGAAGUCGAAGAGGAUGACUUUAUCCAAAGAAAGGAGGCUUUGAUGAAUAGGGCGAGGGAGACAGACCCAUCUAAGGAAUUGGUCGACGACAAUAUGUCGACAGUGAGCAAAUUUACCAAGGUCACAGAACCAACAGCAACCGUGUCAAGGAGCAAAGAAACAUGGGCAGGAAUUGCUAAAGAGCUUGAUGAGUAUUUCCUGAAAGCUGCAGCUGGUGGGAAGGAUGUCACAGUCCUUCUCGAGUCCAAUCAGAGCUACCUUCAACCUGGGGACUCUGGAGCAAAGAAAGGGAAGAGUUUCAAGUCUGCCAAAGUUGUACAUGUUCUGUCUUGGAGCUGGUCUUUUAGAUCUUCACAUUCUAACAGAGAUUCUCAAGAUGUAAAUAAUUCUUCUAUGUCUGCCACCCAUUGCACAACGCUGGAAAAAAUCCUUUCUGAGGAGCAGAAGCUCUACAAUCAAGUGAAGGAUGAGGAAAAUAUUAAAUCUCAGCAUAAGAAGAUACUCCUGGUCUUGGAUAAGUUGCAAGGUGGAGAUUAUGACUGGUCAAAAACUGAGAGAACUUUAUCUGAUGUUGAGGAACUACAGUGUCGAAUAAUUUCUUUAAAGGAAUCAAUAAAUGAAACCUGUUUGUCUAUAUCAAAACUCAGGGAUGAAGAACUAUUUCCUCAAUUGGUUGCAUUCUGUGAUGGGCUUGUAAAGAUGUGGAGAACAAUGCACGAAUGCCACCAAGAGCAAGAUCGUGUUUCUCAGCAUGCGAAUCAUCUUGACAAUAGUCUGGGAAACGAUCCCACAACUGAUUCUCGUCAUCAUGCUAUCUCUCAGCUUGAAGCAGAGGUGACUUCCUGGUAUACUACAUUCUCCAACCUAUUCCGCUGUCAGCGCGAGUAUAUACGCAUCCUGAACCAGUGGGUUAAAAUGACUGACUGCCUUCCAGAAACCAAUAACUUGACGGGUUCAACAUCAAAUAUCCAUGAUUUUUGUGAUAAAGUGCAGGGAGUUCUUGAUAGGCUACCAGAUAAGGCAGCAGCUGAGGCAAUUAACAGCUUUUUAUUGGUCCUCCGGUCUAUAAUUCGACAACAUACAGAAGAGCAUAACCUGCAGAAGAGAUCUGACCGACUCAAAAGCAGGUUGGACAAAGAGAUGGUCUCGUUUCAGACAUUGGAGAAGGAUAACCAGCAUGCAAAACUAGAAGCUCUAAAGAAGAAAGCAGAGGAAGAAAAGGUUAAGUAUCUACAUUCCAUUCGCACAAGCAGAACCAUGAUGCUGGACCAUCUGCAGACAGGCCUCCCAAAUGUAUUCCAGACUCUAAUGGGGUUUUCGAGCACAUGCGUGCAAGCUUUAAACAAUAUUACCAGUCCAAUGGGAGUCAUAGCUAGUUUCCCUUAAAGUUCUUCACCAGUACACUAAUCAACAUAUUGCAAAAAAAAAUACUGUAAGAAGGAAUGCAAGCCUUCAUGAGAUUAUUAUUCUGGAUGAUUCAUUAUAGCUUUAUAAAGUUAUUUGUAGAGUGCACUUUGAGUAAACCUCAACUUCCUAGUCUCCAGAUAAUGUUGUAAACAUUAAAUGCCAACACAGCAUUACAGAACUAAUACACAUGUCUUCCCAUAUCAA